AUGGAGGACCAGCUGCUGUGCUGCGAGGUGGACUCCAUCAGGAGAGCCUACCAGGACGUCAACCUGCUCAACGACCGAGUUCUGCACACCAUGCUGAAGGCAGAGGAAAACUACCUGCCGUCUCCAAACUACUUCAAGUGUGUUCAGAAAGAAAUUGUACCCAAAAUGAGGAAAAUAGUUGCCACCUGGAUGUUAGAGGUCUGCGAGGAACAGAAAUGUGAGGAGGAGGUUUUUCCGCUGGCUAUGAACUAUUUGGACAGAUUUUUAUCAGUGGAGGCCACCAGGAAAACACGACUACAGCUGCUGGGAGCUACAUGUAUGUUUCUAGCAUCCAAGAUGAAGGAAACUGUUCCCCUAACGGCGGAGAAACUCUGUAUCUACACGGACAACUCGGUCCUGCCCGGAGAGCUGCUGCAAAUGGAGCUGCUGGUUCUCAACAAGCUGAAAUGGGACCUGGCUUCAGUCACGCCUCACGACUUCAUCGAGCACUUCCUGUCCAAGCUGAAGAUCUACCCGUCCACCAAGCAGAUCCUCAGGAAACACGCCCAGACCUUCGUGGCUCUCUGUGCUACAGAUGUCAACUUUAUCGCCAGUCCUCCGUCCAUGGUGGCGGCGGGCAGCGUGGUGGCAGCUGUUCAAGGUCUCUACCUGAAGAGCCAAGAUGCCUCCCUGUCCUCACAGAACCUCACCAACUUCCUGUCGCAGGUCAUUCGCAGUGACCCGGACUGCCUGCGGUCGUGUCAGGAGCAGAUCGAGUCCCUGCUGGAGUCCAGCCUGCGGCAGGCUCAGCAGCACAGCAACACGACGGAAACCAAACGCGUGGAUGAGGAGGUGGACCUGUCCUGCACCCCGACAGAUGUCAGAGACAUCAACAUCUGAAAUGACUGACGUCCGCGUCGCAUGAUGACCUGAUGAUCGAGGGAAAGUUGUCAACAGAGGGUGGUGAUGGGUGGGCUGGGGAGGGGUUUCCUCAUCUGAACUCCCCUCCUCCUCCUUCUUCCUGGUGGGCUGCUAUUAUGGCCGACAUGCCCGCUGUACGCUACGACCGCCAAGGCGGGACAAAAGUGCCCUCCGCCCUGCAACAAACCCCAAGUCACAUUUCCUGCCAGUGUCCCCUCCCAUCGUGGGAAAAGAAAUGAACACUACAGAAAUGUACAAGAGAGAAAAGAAUAGUGAUGAUGUGCGUGGGCUGGAGUCGAAGCCACAAAACAGACAUUUAGCAGAUAUUUUUUUUGUCAUUCCCUCAAAUAUUAAACUAGGAAUCUUUAAAUUACCGCAGACUCAACUUGCCUACUAAAACAUCCCAAAGUGUCAUGUACAGUAGGUCCUUGUAGUCUGUCUUCAGGUCUCCACCUGAAAUCUGACUUUUGUUAAAGAGAAGAGGAUUUUUUUGUUUUCAUUUUGUUUUAUCUAAUGUUUAGACUUCCUGUCCUGUGUUUGUCUUGUUGCAGUGCAAACAUUCAUAUAUCUCUGCUUGCUUAUGUUUAGUCACUUUAUCAUAUAUAAUUUUAGACCUCUUUAUCAGUUAGUCUUAUACCUCUUUUCUUCCAAGCUUUUUGUUUUUUAAACCAAGUGUAGUGUGAGACGCUCUGUUUUUAUGACCCUAGUGACUGUGGACUGCUGACGUUAAGGCCCAGACGUUUGUGAAUCAUUCCUUGACAACAUUUGCUUUAUCAGCUCGCUGUCAUUUGAUAAGAUCAAAUCGAUGCACAACCAAGCAGAGCAAUCCACAGUCUGCUAUGUAUCCUUUCUCUGUGUAGUAAUACCUAAACCAUUCCAACUUUGUUUUUUAAAAAAAAAAGCACUUUUGGUCAGCGCUGCUGGUCGUCUAAAAAAUCACAGUGAUUAAGUUUGUAAAACAACCUGAAAAUUGAAUGAGAGGUUGAGCAGGAGUCUUCUGGUGAUGGAGAGUCAGAGCAGCACACACAGACAGUUGGAUCUGAUUCAUUUAAUGGGACAAAAGAUUUGACCAGUAUGGCAGAAACACUUUUUUAAAAACAAGACUUAUGCUGCUCGACACUGUCUUGAGUCUGUAGCUGCCUUCUACGUCUCAGAUUUGAGUUUUAGUUCAGCAGAUGUUUCUCAAAGGCAAAGCUGCUCUUCCACUUCAAGAAAUAUGGUGUCAGUGUGCAGAGCCGGAAGCUAAAGGUCCAGAGGUAAAAGUAAAAAGAAGUAUUGUUUUUAUAGUUGAAAUAAUACUUUAUUUUUAUAGAGUAAAACAUAUUUAUUCUUUGUUAGCCUGCAUUUUCUAGUCGAGCUAUUUCUGUCUCCAGAGCAGCCCUGCCGUCCAGAAAUAUCUGCAAAACUAAAACUCCAGUCUGCCUCUUAAUCGCCAGGACGGCAUCUCCUCCAUCGCUUCACCUCAGUUCAAAUACUGCUCAUGGAUUCUGGGAAGGGGAUCAAGCUAAAAAAAGGAGUGUUGAGACUAUGAUUUUGCACAAACCUGAAAGACGUGGGCUGCGUUUCUUGGGGACUUGCUUGAAAAAAAGUGUGAGCGGCAAGCGAACCCGAGGGUUGAAAAGGUGGCAAAAGUGGCAAAAAAGGGUGAAGGCUCAACAGGGAGGGGUGUCUUAAUGCUGUAGAGUUCAAGUCAGGGUUCCUACACAGGACGGCAGCGUCGUCACGGCCGGGUAUGAUGGAUGGACAGAUUGAUUCUGGAAACACAAGUACUGAAUUCUACGUCCCGCUGUGUAGGAACCCUGUGGGUUAGGUUUCUGAUUGUACAUUAAGGAUAGAGAGUAGGAGAGAAACACUCCUUGUAUUCCGCUGCUAUAGAAAAUGAAUCCCAGCUACGUGUUUAAAAAAAAGAGAAAAAGGAAAAAAAGAUGACAAAACCGUAAUGAAUUAAAAACGAUGCUUUUCUCCUGUUGUUUGCUGCUACAUUUUUGGUGUUUUUUUUAUACAUAUAAAUGUCAAUAUACUGCCAUUCUAGGUUUGAAUUUUCUCAUAGAAAAUUGUUUUAUUGACAUCCUCAUUUGUUGUUUUUGUGUAGAUUCUAUGUGAUCCUUUUUUUUUUUUGUUUGUUUAUAAUUACGUAAUAUGAUUUUCCGAACUAUUCCAAAAAAAACAAGGAAAAAUGAGACAAUGUACAGAAAUGCUUUGAUCCACAAUACCUCAUGUGACAGUCAAGAUCUAUCUCUGAUUUUUAGUCUUUUUGUUUGUUUAGUUCUUAUUCUAUUCUACUUGUUGGUUCAGUGCCUACUAGCUCUGUUCAACCUGCUUGAGAUGAAGCAUCCGUGAUGGAAACUAGCGAGUCCAGGGCAUGCUUUGAUACUGGUGCCAUAACAGAAAAUGGGAUAUGUAUAACUCUGUUGAGUGUUAAGCUGUCUCUGUGAAAGAGACUUUAUCCCCCCUUUAGGCCCAUAGCGGCCUUCUUUCCUUUCCCCCCUUUUAUAUUUAUAAAAGAAAAAAAGCUUUUUGCUCCAAUUUUCAAACUGUCAGUGAGUUGAUUUGAGUUUGUAAAUAGAUUCAGUGUCGUGCUCGGUAAGCCAUAGACUGUUUUUUGUUACAAAUCAUUUCACACAGUUGUGUCUACUUCAUGCCAGUUGUCUGCAACUGGGACAAACAGUGUAUUCAUAUUUGUGUCGACUACACAAUAAAAACAUGAAUUAGAUGGAG